UUCGACCUCUUACUGUUCAUUUCACUCUGUUUGGGGUAAUUGGGUUCUCUGGCGUGUCCUCUGAACUUGGUGUCGGGGAUGAAAAGCUCCAAUUUUGAGGAUAAAUGAGUCUUGGUGUUCGAAGAACCAGCCUUUUCUCUUCGGCUAUAUGUGUUCAUUUGACUAAGGUGGAAUCGACUCUUCUUGGAUCGAGUUUCUCUGGAAUCUUUGAACAUUCAGUUGAAAGCAGAGGAUUUUGAAAGAAACGGCCUGCCAUUAAUGCAUAAUAGUUAGUUGCAGGUGUGAAAUGGAAAAUAAAAUCAUAUGCCUUCCUGGGAAAAAGGGUUUAAUGAAUAGCUUGUGCAAAGAUAGGGAAUUAUCAGAUGAUAACUCUUCAAAAUUUUCUGAUUCACAACCAAAGAAGUUGAUCAAAAGAGCGAACUCACAAAGGACCGUAGUUAUAGAUGUUAUCCAGUCGCAAGCUAACAAAGCUUUCUUGAAGGAUAUAUUCUUCCGACGUGUUCAUGGAUUCAACCACAGGAUACCAAGGCAUGUGGUGAGUGUAGAUGAGAAAUAUCUUCGCCGCUGCCUAGAAUAUAUACACAUGAGUGCAUUGAAAGCAGGUCACUGCAAUACACCCGUGAAUUUAGGAUACACAAACACGGGAAUUUUGUCAGAAAGCUAUGCUGACUUGAUUCGUGGGGAUGCUUGUGAUUCAGGUGAGCUAUUCUUUGAAUGUCCUGAAGCAGCUGGGACUAGGAAUGGAGGUAUAAAUGAUCAAGCUUCAGAACACUGGACUAUAGGUACAGUGAUGGGGAGUAAGAGUAUGAUAAAUAUAUUGAGUAAUCCUCUGUUUCACCAGUUUCAGCAUUCAGAUAGCAAUAACAGGUUCAGCAGGAUGAAUUUAACUGAUGAUAAAGGGUUUCUAUGCUAUGAUUUCACGGACUCUCCUAGUGGUUUGAGUAUCUCCUCACAUAAACUAGAAAAGGAAGCACCGAUGAUGAAAAGCCACAAGUUUUGCUCUGCUUCUGCUAAUAGAAAUAUGGCCUCUACUUCCAGCUCAGGCUCUACUUGUUCUGACCAGCUAUCAUCUACUUUUCCUAUUCCUUCUCAUGCAAUGCUUCGAUGCAAAUGGAGGAAAGGAAUUCCUCAUUUUGUAUUUUCUACAGAUGAUCAAAAGGAGGUCUAUAUGGCCAUAUUGAGAAAGGUAGAUCCAGCAGAUGUUAAGGCUUUGGACUAUGUAUACUUGUUCUAUAGGAAAAGGGGUGGCCAAAAGGGCUGUCAGAUCCCUGACAAUGAUUUGCAACUCGUUGGCAAGAUGAAUGUAUCAACAACUUCUACACUUGGCCCAAACAAUUAUAAAGUUUUAGAAACUGCAUUUGUGGUAUUUGGUAACAAUGAAAAUCAUGACAGAGAGAUAUAUGCUUCAAGUCAUACUCAAAGGAAGAACAAGGGGUUGUCAAAGGUGUCACAAGUAUUCAGAACUAGUCCAUCAUCAAAACGCAGAGCUCUCUCAAACUUUGGCGGAUCUGGUGCCAUAGUGGAAAGUUGUCCUUUGAAGUCAUAUGCGCUACGUGAGAAUGAUGUAAUAGAAACUAAUGUUCCACCAAAUUUUGAGUUGGCUGCUAUUGUUGUGAAAGAUCUUCUUCCUUAUGGCAGGCCUGGCAAGGUAGGAGGUUGGGGUUUAAAUUUUCUCAACAAAUCUGGAGUCAAGCAAACUACAUUGCCUUCUGAAAGUAGUCAAAAAACCAGUGAUUGCUUGCCUGGCAUGAACAUUCUAAUACCAGCAGGCCAACAUGGUGGCCCAAGAACAAGAAAAGGCGGCCCGUCUAGCCUGAUAGAUCGAUGGAGAUCUGGGGGCUGUUGUGACUGUGGUGGCUGGGAUGAGGGUUGCCCUCUGACAGUACUCCAGAGGAGAUCGUUUGAAAGAGAUUUUCUCCCUCAAGUAGAUAUGCAAGGAGAGUGCAAGUCAGUUGAUUUAGUUAAGCAGGGAUCAGGCGAGGUCAGCUCCACUUUGAGGAUGGAGAAAGUUCAUGAUGAUUUGUAUUAUAUUCAUUUUCAACCACUCUUGUCGCCACUGCAAUCUUUGUCCAUCGCCGUGGCAAUAGUUCAUUCACAGAGUCCUACUCUUCGGCCAGCCAGUGGACAGGAUCUGUGAUAACUAAAGUCAGGAAUUGAAGUUAUUUAGUCAGUCAUAAUUCUUUUAAUUGUAUUAUAAUAGAAAUUACUGAGAAGAUUUAGGAGUUUAUACAAGAAUCAGGCUUUUACUCCUU